CGAUGUCCUUGUCGGUUUCAAAUGAUGAGAUCGAAUGUUUACGUGUCAGGUAAGGCCCAUCAGCUUGAGCAUUACGCUGACUCUCUAACGAACGUAUGCAUGAGAAAAUCAUUACCGAAUUGUGGUCCUAGAGACACCUUGACCGAAUUUGAGUUUCAUUCCUGUGUUCUUUGUUUCUUCUGAAAACAACGCAGAAAACUCUCCUGGGGGAUGUGAUGUAAUCCAUCCACUCUACCAACAGCUUAUCUUCAUACUUUGAUCGGAGAUUUCGCCAGUGGCAGAGGAUGGAAUCCUAGCAACAGCUACCUCGGUAUGGAUAUGCAACCUGUCGCUACGUAAAACUUUGUCCCUCCAGCGUACUACAUUGGACUGGACGCAUCGUGCAACCAACGACGCAAAUACCGGCUGGCACGAAUGACAAAUCUUUGCAAGGCCUACGACCGGACUAAAUGCGUCCAUGAGGUCUCGCGACAGAGACAUUGCAUCCGGACACAAUUCCUCCUGCUUAGGUGUAUUUUUUGUGGCUUUGUUAGUAGCCAUAUUACUGCAAAACCAGCCCUCUGUACCGGGUAUCCCGUCGAGACGGGAGCUCUAGCUUUGUAGUAGGUAGCAGCCUAAGGAGGUAGGUAAGCAAACAGACAUCGCGGACCAAGAGACCCAGUCAUGCGGAGCCAUGCGCCUCGGAAGCAGGAAAGGAAAAGAGACAACUAAAACAUUAACUACUAGGUAGACUAAUAACUAGGCAAGCAACAAACAAACAAACAAACAAACAAACCUACACAUUCUGCUCGACGGUUGAAGAAAUGACUUCUUGUGUCCGAUCCUCCUAACCAAGAACAGACAGGGGUGCGUGAAUUGGAUAGCAUGGGAAUGGAGACAAAAUGGAGACAGAAAAAAAAAAGGGACUGAGAGGGAAGGGAAGGGACGGACGGGAGGGAAGGAAACUCAACGAACGCGGAUGUUUAUGGCCUCCGUCUAAACCAACAACAGGUCUACAAGACCCAGGGAUCUGGAUUCAGCAGUCUCGCUUAUCGCCGCCGUUCGGGGGAGAUCGAGCAGGCACUCACUAAGCUAAACGUAGGUAGUGGUAGGGUGCUCGAUCCGCCACCAACAGCGCCAACGCACUCUAACUGGCGCUAGUCAGUCAGUCAUCCGCUAUUUUCACCUCAGGCACCCCUACAGCUUUGCUCUACUCGAGUUGGCCGCAUAUGGAUCACCUCACUCACGACUAACAGCUUGGAAAACUUUAUUUUUCCUUCAUCGCCCAAUGUUCAAUGACUUGGCCGACGAUCGAGCUAUGGUGAAGCCAUCACCAUCGUCUCUGACGUAUCUAUUCCGUAUCAUCACUGCAAUAAAACACCUUCGUCGAUUUACAGACAGACAUGCAUUUGCCCCAAGAUCUACUCCACAGCUGUCGAAUCUUGGUACUCAACAUUUCAGUGCAUUGUCCUGGUAUCAGCAACAGAACACUCCCUCGAACACACAAGAUAGCCUGUGCUUCAAUCGAUCGAGGCUCGUUCAAUUAAGCGAAGCCGAUGAACAACACCAACAAAGACGUUGCACGAUUCAGGCACGACUCAUCUCUCCGCUCUUGACCUCAGGCACAGCUCUAGACUUUGCUAGACCAUCGUUUGAAUAACGGCAUGCCCUGGUCUAGUCGCAUGCCAUGUUGUCGCUGAGGAGAUAGACUGAUAGACGCUUCGUCUGCCUUACCCGUCCCGUUGAUGGUUCCUUGAUUUAGCGACAGUCACAUUCCUUGCGCUGUCGAUGAAGCGUGGCUCGAUUCAGCAGGCGCUGUAUUGGCAUUCCUGUCGCGAGCGCCACUCCGAGCGGUUCCAAGGUCUUUUAACCUUAAUUUGUCAAUUCACUGAGUCUUGAACUCGAUAUAAGGUUCGGCACCGGCGUCUUUGCCUUGGCUUGACAGGCUGUUCCGGGCUUGUCUAGUCUUCUCCAGGUUUUACCACAACUGCUCGUUUGUUUGCUCGCUGCCUUUGUCUUCUAGGGCUAGAUCCCGUGUCGCCCGUCGUGCCCGUCAAGCCCGCCUCACCCGUGUCACAUCCGUCGUCACAUACUAUGCUUCUUCCGUCGAGUCUUGAGCCUCGUCGAGGCGACGCCUCUCGGUCAUCCGAACAUCCUUCCACUCCGGGCCUAUCGCUUGCAUCAUUUGUCACAGCCGAGUCGAGUCGAGUUGUUGACCCUCGCCCUGUGGGACCUCUCAUCGUGUGAUUUUCCCAACACCCCCAUGCUGUCCGUCUUGCGACAAACUCUCCACCCGACUCACCCCUCGUAUAAACUUUCGCCGUUGAUAUAAUGGAAAACUCUAAUUGCCUUCUGUCCAAGGCUCCACAUGCUACUGACAGAAGAACCUUUUGGGGAGUUAGUCAAUCACCUCCAGGCUCGAUAUUAGAAACGACACUGAGGUCUGACGGCUAGCUUAUCCUCUGGAGUGGCUAGAGUCGCAGGUCUGACGCUCCGGGGUUGUCGUCAAUGUCCGACCAUCGCUGCUCUAUCGUCCGUAUCCACUCGGCCGAUCUCGACCUACGGUUCUCUUCACAGAAACGACCAGUCUCUCUACUAGUCGUCGGUGCCUGGCUCGUCUGGAUAUGUUGACCCAGAGCAAUUCUAGACCCUCUGGGCCCGCCCAACCGUACCGCUGUUAUAUCGUCUCCGGCCACAAACGAGAAUUGACGAUGAUGGCGAGGGUUAUUUUGAUGGCUUCUUCGAUCACACCGGAGCUCAGUAACCGUAUCCUGGCUUGACUGGCUUUGCGUGAGAGAUGUGGAUGUAGAGUUUGUCCGGUCAAUAAUGCCAACCUCCUCCAUUACUGUUGACUCUUCGGUAGAAUCGCGCUCCCUCCUGGCACUACCCAUGUGUGGCGGCAUGUCUGCUGUACCUCGUCCACCUGGACCAAUUGAGAGCAUAGAAGCACUUCGUGACUGCAGUUCUUCUCGGCCUUGCUCAGGGCGUGUCUUUCUAUCGUCGUCUGCAUGUGUCUCAAGUCGGCGAGCGCCGGUUGCUGCUUUCUUCUUCUUCUUGAGGUGGUCUUGAACCCGGAACCCUCUGCUCAACCUGAUCUCGUUGCUGGUAUCCAUGGUUCGUGUUCGAGAUACUGUUUAUAAGAUGUUAGCAUGGAGCGGAUACUAAACAAGUCUGGAAAUGAGCAUGAACACUUACACACUGUAUCCUGUCGUGUUAGUAAGGUGGGAUUACGUUCGUUCUUGACAGUGGCUUCAGAGGCUGUUUUACGUCAAAUGUCAGAGUGUAUCGAGUGCUUCACGGCUGGGCAUACUUACCUCCAUUCGAAGUGUCCUCGUCGACCACGUCACUGUUGAUGGCCCUUUGCCCUCCUGUGGCAGCUCCAGCUCUUCCCCUGAGGAGACUACCGGCCCUGGCGAGUGCCACAGCCUCCAUGCCUUGAUCAGACAUUCGAUGAAUAAACAUCUCAAGACGUUUAACCUCAGCUUUGUACCGUGCAUCCUGGACCAUCCAGUGUUCUUCUAUGGAGUUGUGUCGACUUGCCUCGUCCUUGAGUGCCAUUUUUGCUUCUGCAAGCUCUUUUUCGAGCUUGGCAAUCUUUCUGUGUCGAGUGCCAUAAGCUUCGCAAAGGAGCAGGAUAUGUGAGCGAUACUCUGCGGAAAGUGCUUCGCUUGCAGGAUUGGUCAUUACUGCAACCUGCAAGGUUUCUGCCACUUGGUCAAUGGAGGGGUUGUGCCAGAUCUGCUGGCCUGCGUUAAUGAACAACUUGUCUACUUCGUCCAAACUGUAUUCCGCCUCAGCCGCCGCGGUAGUCGCCUGGUUUGCCUGAGAUACUCCUUGCCAGCUAGGGAGUCGCGUCAUGCUCUUCUUCAAGCGGUGGGCAUGCAUCUCUUUGCUUUUGGGAGGAUCUUUGUACAAGUCUUGUAGGGCUGCUUCGGAGCGACGAUACUUCAGAUCGUGCUGUCGAGCUCUGUUGCCCCCAAGAAAUCGUAGCCAGCUUUGGUCCGCCAUGAUGCGUUGCAUUUGUUUUGGUGUUUGUCUGCUAGGUUUGAGAUGUUGAUGAGGAUACUGGAAUACUCUGGCUGCCUGAGUGACUGAUACUGAUCAUAAGGUUGGCAAGCAGGACCUAUCUGCUACUGACUGUCACUGCCACUGCCGGUGACAGUCAUUUUACCUCAAGAACAACAAACUCGGUACACAUGCAGGCACGUACGUCACCGCUCUUAUUCACAGUCCUUCAACAUCCCUAUUUCAUCUGCUGUUGGGUGGGCACAUAAUGUAUACAUUGUACUCAGUCGUAUUGACAUGACUGAAAUGUUCUGGCCUACAGACACUUCCUUUGUAGCCCAUCUUCCCCGUCGAUGUAGAUAACGCACGGUUUUGUCCCGGGCCAGAUUGUUCUGAGUAGUCCACAAGUGAUUCGAGGAUGGUCGAGCUGGUGUCUCUCUUUAGAGCUGGCUGAAGCGGCAUUAUACCGCAAUCGUUCAAUUCGAGAACUCUCGCCUUGACACUGCGAGGAGAAUCGGAUCGACCUAGGAAACUGGUAGUGCUGGUCAGGCUGGUAUCGGUGUGCUCUAUCUCCUCUUGGAUAUCGGAUAGAGAAGUGUAUUCAUGCGCCUGGACCUGCUUUUCAAUGUCUCCAUGGUCUGCAGGCUUCUUGAUCGGAACCUCAGGGAGAGGACGAGCUGAGGCUUUUGGUGCUGCAAUUAUAGGGGCUGCUUCGGUCAACCGCCUGGGACGUGUUGACGAAUGGGGCUCCUGCUGGACCGACAGAGCAUCAUCCAAUACUGAGCUACUUGGACUCUCUGUACGAAGAUUACCAAUACGAAGUGGUUUGAUGGAACAAAACCCUUCGCUUGCGUGCUCAGCCAUGUCCUCUUCCAUGUCGACUGAACUGUCGCCCAACUCAGGAUCCGGUGCGAGGCUCAGUUGGCGCAGGUUUAGUAACGAUCUAUAAAGAAAACGGAAAGAGACGAAAGGUGACUCUUUUGAGUCGAUUAAGAUCCAAUCGUAGAAACAGGUCUCAUCUGGUGAAUCGAGGAGACCACCUGACGGCGACCUGCAACUGAUUAGCCUAGCGUCACUGAACAUCUAUGCAAGGCACACCAACCCAAUCCCGUAUGACUCCUGACCACGGUGGCCAUCUAGUAUGGGCAAUCUUCGAAUUCGGCCCUUGGCCCGAAAGACUUGGACCUCUAUCAAGCCGCCAUCUUCUGCAACUGAUUGAUGCGCAUGUGGAAGAAAGGAGAAGCAACGUGCCUCUAUCCCGUCCCUGAUGCGUAACACGCCAUCUUCCUUGUAUUUCCAGCGCUCGCUUGGCUCACAGAGGGAGCGUGUGAUGGAACCUGAAGCUCCAUUGAGAACCCUCACGCCACAGUUUGUAAUGUUUCUGCCAUUCAUGAAAAUCUUGAAAUACAAGUAGCGUGGCAGUUGUGACGUUUCGUUGAGUGCAUAGUGGAUUCCAAAAUGUGAUCCUAAACCCAGUCAGGCAGGGCUCCCUGGAGGCUUUGGUUCAGGCAAAGACAAACCUGGGUCUGAGGGGAUGUAGACAGAAAUCCGAGGACUGGUCUUCCGAAGCUGGCGUGGCAAUGAACGAAGUCGGCUCGAGGCGGCAAGACUUAAGCAAGACAAUUGAUCAGCAGACGGCAGAACACUCUGAGAGGAGGAAUCCGAGAGACGACACUCGGGGAGCUUAGCCAGCUCGGGCUGAGUGACGAUUGCAACUUCAAUUCCCUCAAGACAAGGCAUGUUGCACAAGCUCUAGCAGGUAACCAGCGAUCCGAGAAGGCCGUUUACAGACGAAGAUGAAGGAAAGGCGUCUUUGAGGGUCGAUUUGGCAGAACUUAAGUAACAGAUACCCUCCCUGAGUGUAAGGAAAUCCGGGUUGCUUGGAGAUUGUUGAUGAGAGGUAUGAGGGGGAACUGGCAGCCAGCUGUUGUCGGCUGGCGAAUAUGGCCGGUUACCUACGCACCUUUCUCUCCCUGGCGCUUGUGCCUUGCUUGGUUCCUGCUGCCCUUGGACCUGGACAUAUUACAAUGAACCAAUUUCAGUCAGGCUCGCCCUUGGCCUGAUUCAUAUCACAUGGCUGCAUGUGUCAACAAGAUUCUGAGCACAAUGCUAACCUGCAUGGUGGUAUUGCUGUCGAGUUUGCCCAAAAUGGAUUAUUGAAUAAGCUGUUUCAUAUCGAAGAAAUUGGCAACCCUACCAUUGAUAGCUUGUCAAAAGUCCCAGCUGGUUUGGGCUUUGUCACGAUUGGCAGCUUGAGCGAAACCAAGGUUUAUUCCUUCAUGUGUAGCUGAGCGAUACAGGUAAUCGGGCUAACAUAAAUAGCAUUCGAGUAUAAUUCAGUGAGUAUUUCCAG